AUGUGGAACGGUGCUAUAAUCGCGAUCCUACUACUCUCGGUGCUGUACUGUUACUGGGAUGCUCGAAAACCCAAGAAAUUUCCACCGGGUCCGACUUGGCUUCCAUUCAUCGGCAGUGGCUUGGUGGUGUUGAAAUUGGCCCGGUCCCUCCGCUACUUUCAUCUGAUGUGGUUAGCACUCUGCCAGCAGUACGGUCAGAUUGUUGGAGUUCGCUUUGGCCAGGAUCGUAUCAUCGUUGUAUCGGGACGGGAAGCGAUCCGUGCCAUGUACGCGAAGGAACAGUUCGAUGGCCGGCCAGAUGGUUACUUCUUUCGGAUGCGUUCGUUCGGGCAGCGUCUUGGAGUCGCGCUGACGGAUGGUCCACACUGGGAGAUACAGCGCAAGUUUGCCGUUCGCACGAUGAAACAGCUCGGCAUGGGACGAAACGAAUUUGUGCGAGUGAUCGAACGGGAAGUGCAUGAAUUGGUUGAGAGCUUCCGUCGCAGGGCAGCCGCUGGAGAGACAUUCCCGAUGAGCAGUUCAAUGGAUGUUGCGUUGCUGAAUGUACUCUGGGUUCUGCUGGCGGGCGAACGAUACGAGCUGGAGAACGAACGAUUAGGUUGGCUUGCCGAAACCAUCCAUCAAACGUUUCACGUAAUCGACGUUUCGGGCGGUACGUUGAACCGGUUCCCCUGGUUGCGCUUCGUCUGCCCGGAAAGCUCCGGGUACGGUCCGAUGCUGCGAUUAUUGAAGCCACUUUGGGGGUUCCUGGAGGAGACGAUUGAAGCGAUCAGGAAGAAUCCUCAUUGUCCCAGUCGGCGCGAUAGUCUCAUCUCGGCCUUUCUGGUGGAGAUGUCCAGAGAAAAACAUCACAACUCGUUUACCGAUUCGCAGCUCGUCAGUUUGUGUCUGGAUCUGUUUCAGGCCAGCAUUGAAACGAUUAGCAGUGUGCUCGGUUUCGCCUUCCAGUACAUGUUGCACCAUCCGGACGUGAUGCAUAAGGUGCAGCGGGAACUGGACAUAAUCGUUGGGCCCGAUCGAUUACCGACGGCCAACGACAGACCUCAGCUCCCAUAUACCGAAGCGGUCAUCCUGGAGGUGGAACGUAUAGCGACCGUCGUCCCGGGUGGGCUAGUACACCGAGCGAUGGAAGACGUAGAGCUGUGUGGGUAUCACAUACCCAAGGAUGCCAUCGUGUUACCGUUGCUGUACUCGCUACAGAUGGAUCCGAAAUAUUGGACCGACCCUGACGUUUUCCGCCCGGAGCGGUUCCUAAACGAGGAAGGUGAUCGAGUUGUGCAGCACGAGCUUUUCAUACCAUUCGGAGCGGGACGACGACGCUGCCUCGGAGAGGCACUUGCCAAACCGGCCGUUUUUCUGUUCUUUAGCGCGAUACUGCACCGUUUUACGAUUGAGUGCGGCGACAAGGAACUACCUUCGUUAAGCGGAGUUGAUGGGAUAACUUUGUCGCCACAACCGUACAGCCUCAGAAUGCUGGAAAGGGUGUGUAGGCAGUGA